AUGCCGCCGGCUGGUCAACAACUCCGGCUUACGGCCCUUGUUUAUCUGGCCUUAGGUAUUGCACUCUUAUGCAAUGGCAGCGAUGGAGAAACUAGGCAAAAAUACGCCAAUGAAUCACUCGCCGUCACGGACGUGGACGAUCCAUCUCCAGUUUGGUCGCAGUUUCUCGAAGAUUACGUCUUGAGCCAAGGCAGCAGUAGCAGUGGCAGCCAGCGAAAGUCCAAAGAUCUACCUUAUAUGGGCGGGGAUAUGGGCGUCAGUGGACCGCUCAGCUAUCACUCGUCCGCCUACAAGCGACCGGGCAACAACAUCUUCAUCACCAGGAGGAUCGGCGAGGCGGUGGAACUGGAGCCGCAUCUUCGAAAGCCCGUCGAGAGUCAGAGUCCCAUUGUGAAUCCCCAAUUCCGACCCAUGACCAAUCAGAUGUUGCACCAGCAACACCAACAGAUGCAGCAGCAACAGCAACAGCAGCAUCAGCAGCAACAGUUGCAGCAACGGCAGCAACCGGGUUUCCUGCAGCAACUCUUUGGCAUCGGUGGCAGUGGCGGCAGCGGUACUGGUGGUGUUAAUCCCACCCAGCAGCAUGUGCGCCCGGUGCCUCUGCAGCAGCAGCAGGUGCAACAGAUACCGCAGCAACACCCGCAACAGCAACAUCUUGUGGGCGGUCAGCCGACCACUUUCCGAGCUGUCUCUGAAAAUGAUCUUUAUCUCUUGGGAGCCAUUGAAAAGUUGGUGUAUCGAGUGGAUUACCUUGAGAGUCGCGUGCGGCGUUCGGAGCAGCUGAUCUACUACCUGAUGGCCGGGAACAAUCAGAAGGAGGUGAAGGAUCCCUGUCCAGCGAACUUCACCCGCAUCAGCGACAACUGCUACUACAUCAACAGCCAGCAGCAGGUGAACUGGAAGACGGCCAACUCCGCCUGCAAGGGUCUAAACUCCCACCUGGCCGAGUUCGAGAGGGUCUCGGAGAACGAGGAGAUCAUGGCCUAUCUGCUGAACCAGCCGGCACAUCGUGGUCGCGAUUACUGGCUGGGCGGCCUCAACCCCGGCCUCCUCUGGAUCUGGUCCAACUCGGCCAAGCCAGUGAAUCCGAACAUGAAUCUCACAUCCAUUGCGAUGGCCCAGAAGGGGGAGAACGCCACCGCCGCCAAUCUGGUGGACAGUUCGGAGCAGGCGGCAGAGGAGCAAGCGGCCGGCGAGGAUGUGCUAAACAAUACCGUCCAAAUAGAGGGUAAGGGUCGCUGCCUACGGCUGAGCUACAAUGCCGGGAAGCACAGCUAUGUGUACUACGGACAGGAGUGCACAUCGCGGCACUACUACAUCUGCGAGCACGAGGACAAGACGCUGGACAACAAGAUCAAGAAGAUCACCCGCGAGCUGAAGCUCUUCGAGUGA